AUGCUGCUGGAAAACGAAGAGUUUGGCUGCUUCCUCAUCAGGCUGAAUGAAAAAGCUUUUGGCUACAUCCUUUCCUACCGAGGGAAAGAUCGCUGCCGUCAUUUUGUCAUCAGCUGCCACCGCAGCGGGCAGUACGUUGUAUCCGGAGACUCUCGGACGCACGCGCAUUUGACUGAACUCAUCAGCUACUACCAGAGGUCUGAAAUCCAGCCUUUUGGAGAAAACCUCACCUCGGCCUGUCCCAAGCUGGAGGAGAAAAGCACAUAUGAUGAAAUAUCUUCAGACAGAAGUCCCAGUGCAGAUGCUCCAACGCUGAGCAGGAACCCAUCAGCCGAUUUGCUGGUUACCCGGAGUCAUUUCACCAAUCAGCCAGGACAUCCAAGGAUUCCACUUCAGGAAGAGCAGAAAGAACAUCAAAAUUCAAAGGAUCCAGACGAAGCGCCACCUAUACCAGACAGGUCCCUCUUGCUGGAGUCACUGUCCUUGGAGGAAGAGAUGGGAGAGGAAGGAACCAUUUAUUCAGCCGUGAAGAAGCCUCCUUUAGAUAAACGGAGCUUGGAGAAGUCAAAAGAGAGGGACAGAAAUUUGGGGGGCCCUCAAGCAAAGGAACCUGUAGGGCCAGGCCAAGGUGUUUUCUUGCCUUGCCAAAGGAAGACAGGGACCAUGUUUGGAUUGGCCAAGCGAUCAGACACACCAUUCACCAUAAAAGUGAAUCCUGCAGAGAGAUCUCAAACGAUCACCAUUUAUCCCAGGAUUGCCUUGGACCAACCCCAAAACUUUUGGAUACCCGCUGAGCCCCCCAGUUACCAGUCCACCUUUCCAUCGUCCAAUAAACCAACCGUUCCUAAUGACCCGCCUUCCAAAUUAUCUCCUACGCUGCCGAAUAAAUCCAAAGACUCAACGGCGUUCCACAACUCUCCUCUUGGGAUCAAGGCGAGGUCGGUGGGCAACAAGGAACACGGCCAACUAAACCAACCCAAAUCCUUGUUUGAACUCCCCAAGGAACGCAUGGAUGAGGAGAAGAUCUUUCAGCUGAAAAACCAACCGUCUGCCUUACGGGUGGACCAUACAACGAAUACUCAGGAAUCGUUCAGGUGGGCAAAAGGUAUCUUCCAUGGCUCGGAAAAGCCUCCCAAGGCUUCCUUGACCACGUCCAAAGGGACUUUCGAUCAAAUCUCCGCAAAGUUUGGUCAUGUCUCCAAGAUUCAGAUCAACCCUGAGAGCCCAUAUGAAAAAAUAACUGGUCCUUACUCUCAACGUUCCUCGGCUACAAGUCAAGCUGCAUCUCUGGAGAAUCCCUAUGAGCAAAUCCCCUACCUGCCGGGGAAAAGAAUAGAAGGAAAAGUCACCCAAAAG